AUGCCAUUCAAUGGUGAAUUCAAUGAAGAGGUGAACCCAAUCAACGACACAUUUUAUUCACAUGAUCUUGGUGGCGGUUGGAUGUUUAAGGAGGAGACGACGAAUUGCAACAAUGUUCCACAAUCCGGUGUAGCAAUCAUCAUUGUUUGUAGAGAUAGAUGGAAGCAACUGAAUAAUACAUUGUCCGCUCUGAUUCCAGUUCUCCAGAGACAACAUUUGUGUUAUCGAAUAUUUGUUAUUGAACAACAGGGUACUGGUAUUUUGAACAAAGCUCAGUUGAUGAACAUUGGUUUUAUUGAAGCACGUAAACGUUUCGAUUUCGACUGUGUUAUAUUUCAUGAUGCCGACUUAAUACCAUUGGAUGAUAGAAUACCACAUGGUUGUGAUGAAGAGAUGAUGGAGAGUGUGGUUCAUUUGAGUGUUGGAGUGAGUUCAUGGAAUUAUGUUUUAUAUUACCAAUCAUUGAUCGGUGGUGUUUUGAAAAUAAAAGUUGUAGACCAAAACACAUCUGAAGUGAGAAUAUGUUGUCUAAUGGAUUAG